AUCUUUCUCCGCUGCCGGACUGGCCGCGUUGUGGACCGGCGUAGGGACAUCGUUCCACAGCGAUCCUCCCGCGGCUGCCCAGCCUGCCCCCGACACCGCCGCAGCUGCCCUCCGCCCGCAGGCAGCUUGAUGGUGGGAGAAGAAAAGAUGUCACUAAGGAACCGGCUGUCAAAAUCUGGUGAAAAUCCUGAGCAAGAUGAAGCCCAGAGAAGUGUCUCAGAUACACAGAGCAAUGGUCGCAUUACCAUGAAACAGUUGAUAGCCAAGAAGAGGCAGUUGGCUGCAGAGGCAGAGGAAUUGAAGCCACUGUUUCUGAAGGAAGUUGGUUGUCACUUUGAUGACUUUGUGACUAAUCUCAUUGAAAAGUCUGCAUCUCUGGACAAUGGUGGGUGUGCUCUCACAACCUUCUCCAUUCUUGAAGAAAUGAAAAACAACCACAGAGCCAAAGAUCUGAGAGCACCUCCAGAAAAAGGGAAGAUUUUUAUUUCAAGGCGGUCUCUGUUAGAUGAGCUGUUUGAAGUGGACCACAUCAGAACUAUUUACCACAUGUUCAUUGCACUCCUCAUCCUCUUUAUCCUCAGCACACUUGUGGUAGAUUACAUUGAUGAAGGAAGGCUGGUACUUGAGUUCAAUCUCUUGGCCUAUGCUUUUGGCAAACUUCCUACUGUUAUUUGGACAUGGUGGGCCAUGUUCCUGUCUACACUUUCAAUUCCCUAUUUCUUGUUCCAACGUUGGGCCCAUGGCUACAGCAAGACUUCUCAUCCACUCAUCUAUUCCCUUAGCCACGGCUUUUUCUUCUUAGUCUUCCAGCUUGGAAUUCUAGGUUUUGUACCAACGUAUGUUGUGUUAGCAUACACACUGCCCCCAGCCUCACGGUUCAUUGUUAUACUUGAACAGAUUCGUAUGGUAAUGAAGGCUCACUCGUUUGUCAGAGAGAAUGUACCUAGAGUACUAAAUGCCGCCAAGGAAAAAUCAAGCACAGUUCCAGUACCCACAGUCAACCAGUACCUGUACUUCCUGUUUGCUCCUACACUUAUUUACCGUGACAGCUAUCCGAGGACUCCUACUGUAAGAUGGGGCUAUGUUGCUGUCCAGUUUUUACAGGUUUUUGGCUGUCUGUUUUAUGUGUACUACAUCUUUGAGAGACUCUGUGCCCCAUUGUUCCGGAAUAUCAAACAGGAGCCCUUCAGCGCUCGUGUUCUGGUCCUGUGUGUGUUUAACUCCAUCUUGCCAGGUGUACUGAUGCUGUUCCUUACGUUCUUUGCCUUUUUGCACUGCUGGCUCAAUGCCUUUGCUGAGAUGCUACGCUUUGGUGACAGGAUGUUUUAUAAGGACUGGUGGAACUCUACAUCCUACUCCAACUACUACAGGACCUGGAAUGUGGUGGUCCAUGAUUGGCUCUACUAUUAUGCUUACAAGGACCUCCUCUGGUUUUUCUCGAAGAGGUUCAAAUCUGCCGCCAUGUUGGCUGUCUUCGCCUUGUCAGCUGUAGUGCAUGAAUACGCCCUCGCUGUCUGCUUGAGCUAUUUCUACCCAGUGCUCUUUGUACUCUUCAUGUUCUUUGGAAUGGCUUUUAACUUUAUUGUUAACGACAGCCGGAAAAGGCCAAUAUGGAACAUUAUGGUAUGGGCUUCUCUCUUUCUGGGCCAUGGAGUCAUUCUGUGCUUUUAUUCUCAAGAAUGGUAUGCCCGCCAGCACUGUCCUCUGAAAAAUCCCACCUUUCUGGAUUAUGUCCGGCCACGUUCCUGGACUUGUCAGUACGUGUUUUAGAAGCCUGGGCUCUGCCUACUUUCUUGCCGAUGAGGAAUGGAUGUUCUUCCUGAUUCUGGCCAGCCGUCUUCAGCAGUUACUGAAUAUAUCUAAGCCACAUUGUUUGGACCACUCCAGCCUCUCCAAAUGGCUCACCUGAAGCUGGGCUCGGCUCACUAAGUUAUUAUUUUUGGUUUGUUUCCUUUGGGAGAGAAAGGAGACCAAUUGCUGAGGUAAAUGGCGAUUUUGGGGGGGUUAUCUCAGCUCAAGCUUUGGUAGUUUUAUCUGUUUGUUUCCUUAAUUCUGUCCAAGGAGAGACUAAGCAUAUCUUGACCAUGAAUUAGCCAAAACACUUAGGAAGAAAUCAUUUCAGUACCUGUGUCUUAGAAGUUUUUCGUGCACACUGUUAGGUGAGCUAGCUAACUGUGGCAACUGGGGAGAAAUAAAUUUUGUUAUUUCUAGUAGAAAGAGAGAAAAUACCUAUUUCCCAAAGAUAAUCUUGUUAUGCUUUCUGCUCAUAUCUUUUGUUGCUAUUUUGUUUUGCUUUGUUUCUGUGCUGGGAAUGGAAUCCAGGGCCUUGCCCAGUGGCAGCACACUGAGCCACACACCAGUCCCAUGUUGUAUUUUUCUGAAAGUUCUGGACUAUUCUUUUUUCUUUUUUGUAACUUUUCUGUUUGUUGUGAUUUUUUUAAAAAUAAUUAGCUUUCUUUCACCUUGAACUCAAUACUAGUACAAAUUCAAGGGUCAAAAGUAUGAAGGGGAAAAUACAUUCCCUUUUGAAACUUCAAAAGUCAUUUUAAAACAUAUUUGCUGAGUUAGUCAUAGGUUUUAAUUAUGCUAGCAAAAAUUCUGUAGAAGAUUUUAUUGUCACUGGUUUGGGUUUUUUAGACGUAGGGUCUUGCUAUGUAGCUCAGGCUGGACUUGAACUUGUUAUGUAGCCUGGCUAGCCUUGAACCCCUGACUGACCUCCUGCCCAUGCCUCCCAAGUGCUAGGAUCACAGAAGAUACCACCGUGCCUGGCCAAGAUUUUCCUUUCUUUUAGCUUUUAAGUUAAUUAGAAGUAUUCUUUGGUACAGUUGCUUUAUUGUCUAACAAGUAGUGACUUUCCUUGUUAUAGACUAGAGUCCAUAAUGGAAGUACUAAUCUCUCUAUUACUACUAAGCGGCUACUAAGGAUCCAGAAGCUGGCUUCUGAAGCAUCCGCUCCAUCAUUAUACUUUAACAGUAUAUUUUUAGAUGAAAUAAAAUACUAUGUGAUCAUUUGUA